AUGUCAAUGUCAGAUUUUGACAACUGGGAACCGGUAGAUGAUAAUGAUGAAGCUUCUGCAGACAGCGAGCAGCCAGAGCUUCCCAGCGGUAUCCCAAUAUCAGUGGAAACAAUAGAUCGUCCCAAAGUCUCUAAAUCUCCUAUCAGAUCGUUACAAAACUCUAGUCGUAACUCAAUAGCUUCCGUUGACAAUACGGCGCUAAAAUCAUCACCGGCAGAUCCUCAAUUGACUGCUCUGGACCCCAUCACGGGCGUCAAUAGCCCACCUGCCAAAGACGGCGCAGCUCUGAACUCCGUGAAUCAAAUCAUUGGCUCAUCAAAAGAUGGCAGGGAUACAAGGGAAUCAAAGGAAUACAAAGAGUUGAAGGAGUCCACGAUCUUCGAGGAUGACGCUGAUGUUUCGAAUAGCUCGUUUUUGAACAGCAUGCUGACAACUUUUACUUUUAAAGGACCUGCUUCGACUAAUGACAAAACUGUGUCACACUCAAGAACUACAUCUGAUUCGGUUGUACAGACCAAGCCUAACAUCAUAUCGUAUCGCAAAGCGACCCCAACUAGGAGGUCAAAGCGUUCUGUGAGUAAUGAAAGUAAUGUACCAACGUCUCCGCUACAAGAGAUGGAAAAACCUGAUGAGGUAGUUCCUGAAUUUAAUAAAAAGUUCUAUGUGGAAGAGCGCUUUUCUGGAACGAUUUACCAUUAUGCAACAGAGGAAAGAAAUACAGAGCUUCACCGCAUUUUCAAAUCAGUCCCAAGUAAUGACCGGCUUCUAGAUGACUUCAGUUGUGCUUUGAGUCGAGAAUUUUUAUUUCAAGGUCGAAUUUACAUCACAGAAUCAAACAUAUGCUUUAAUUCAAACUUAUUGGGGUGGGUAACGCAUAUUGUCGUUUCUUUAAAGGACAUAACAAUAAUGGAAAAAACAUCUACUGCGGGGCUGUUUCCAAACGGAAUAUCCAUUGAAACACGGUUAGGAAAGCAUCAAUUUGUAAGUUUCAUUUCCCGGGAUGCCACGUUUGAGUUCAUCAAAACUGUUUGGAGCAAAUUCAGAGGAAUCAAUUAUGAAGAGGGCUCUGGGUUAGGCAGUGAACCAAGUAUCGCCAGCAUACGCGAAGAGUUGAGAAGAUCUCAAAGUGAUCUACUUGCUACUAUCUCACCUGCUGAAGCGUCUUUUGACAUACCGCCAAGCCGUGCUUCUAUGAUUAGCGAGAAUGAUGCAGUAAUAGAGGAUGCCAUUCUAUCUGUAGAUGAUUUCAGCCCAACUAUUUUUAUGCGAAAGGAAUUCGAGCGCAAAGGACACAACAUUGUUGCAGACGAUGACGAUGAAGAUGAAGACGAUGAAGACGAUGAAGAUAAUGAAGCUGACGAUGAAGAAAACGAAGCACAAGGGGAUGAGAGAAAUUCUGUAGCGACAAGUAGGACGUCUUCUUCAAAGAGUGCAACAGCUUCGACGCAAAAAGUUUUCGAGUUGAAACCAAAUAGCGGCUUCGAGUAUGAUGGACCAGCGUAUUUCCAGGAAACAAAAUUUCUGUACGAUCCGGAGGAAAACAAAGAGACCGUUCUAGCAGAAGUAGAGCUUAAUGCACCUCCUGGUGUCGUCUAUCAAUUGAUUUUUAGUAGUGACAAAACUGAUUUCUUACAGGAAUUCUUGAAGGGUCAAAAUUCGUCAAAUUUAUCAACUAUUCCAGCGUUCGACCAGGUAAACAAGGAUGGACAGCAGUAUCGUGAGUAUUCUUAUGCGAAGGCUUUAAAUUUCGCAGUUGGUCCCAAAUCUACAAAGUGUAACGUUCUUGAGACAGUGUUGAGCCUGGAUUAUGAAAACUGCAUCAACGUUGUAAACACUACGAAAACUCCUGAUGUACCCAGCGGCAAUAACUUCUCCGUUAAAACCAGAUAUAUGAUGUGCUGGGCGUCAGGAAACACGAGCAUGUUGAAAAUCUCAUUUUGGGUUGAAUGGACAGGCGGGAGCUGGAUUAAAGCAAUGAUUGACAAAAGUUGUAAAGCCGGCCAAGUUGAUGCGACAGAGACUUUGGUCCAAAUUGCUAAAAACUACGUUGAGAAGUACGUUAUGGAAUCCAGAAUGGAAGUAAAGCAGAAGCCGCAAAAGAAACAACCUCAAAGUAGGCGGGUGAGCCGCAUUUCUAGCCGUUCCUCGAAAAUGAAAUUGACACCAGUAGAGAAAGACGACAUAGAAAGUUCGCAAGUUAAAAGCGAGAAAUCUAACGCCGCAAGUGGAUAUAGCCUGACUAACAUAUUGUUGUUGAUCAACUUUCUUCUUCUGGUAUUGGUCUUAAUUCGCGAACAGCAUAUUUUAAGCCUACUCGAAAACAGUCAGAACAUUAAUUCCGCCAAGAGCGCAGCAUCUGUAGAACAAAUGAUGUCUCAUUUCAAAACAAUAUUUGAGGCCAGCGCCGAUAAGGUGUCAUCAGGAAACGACAAGAUUAAUGAAGACUCCAGACGCUUGUCUGUUCGAGAGUGGCUGGACAAGCAUGGUUCCUCAGAGCAAGCGAACAACCUUGAUUUACAGAAGAAAAAACAGUACCAACGAUACAUGGGUUAUAUCGUAGAUCAACUGACCAGCGGCGAAAUUUCGCUUAACGAAGCAGAGAAUUUUCUUAACAAGCUCGACAAGCUAAUUAGUGUCGUCAACAGUACGAGAAAAAAUUCCGGGGUUGUUAACGCUUCGGAAUUGAGGGAUGCUGUUAAGUACUUAAUUAAUACGUGA